CCUCUCUUUUUAAGGUUCAAAAUGAUUGAUUCUCUUCCUUACUCCUAUUGACUCUGAAGAAAAAAUUAGACUGGGUUAGGUUAGGUUAUGGUUAGGUUAUGUUAGGUUAUGGACUCUUGUUUUACUAAACGACAAGCACUUAAUAAGUUACGAGUCUUCACCGUGCCGAACAACUACGACGCCUUUAAGGCAGUCUACACGACUUUGUGAGAGAUUUAUUGCAUUGCAUUGCGCUUCAUUCCCAACGCCCCCGUUUUCUUCUGUUCUUUCCCUCUUGAGAAUCAAUCACCUGAAGAAAUGGACGUGAACCGAACAAGAAAUGAAUUUCCGAAAUACGACCAGGAGCUGCAGGAGACGCAGAAUACCUGAUCAAGCUCUCGACCCCUGGUGGGAAGGGAGACAAAUGCCUCGGAGAGGACAAACUACUUCAGGGGUUUUGAGCUCUAAUUUUUGUUUGGUCCUACCAACGCUGGGCAUGCUUUUCCCUUGACGGCGUUUGACAUGCAGAGAAUCGAGAAAGCAAGGAGAACGACAGAAAACUCUGCAGAGCAGACAAACAAGGAACAGUCGUUUGCGGAUUUGCUUAAAAACAGGUUAAGUUUACAAGUUAUAUUUUCAUAUUUCGUUUGAUAAAUUCAAUUGUUCUACUGGUUCGCUAUAAACAUAAGUAAGUUAAAGUAGUAGUAUCUAUUAGUAGUUUAUAAGUUGUAGAUCAUGUAAUCAUUCAUCUUCGUGUAGUUGAAGUUGAGUAAUCAGGCGGUCGUAGUUGUAGUCCUUCUGCGGUUGCACAUAUUCGCUUCACCUCUGCUGUGGACGGAUCAUAAUGCAGGGUAAGGAUCUAUCUUUCUCCUCUAAACAUUGCGGACGAUGACGACGCGAUUCUCAAACGCAUCAUCGAAGAGGAUAACAAGGAAGCCCUUAGUUUGCAUGUAGCGGAGGAGGCAAGCAUAUUUGUGUCCUGGCAUAAUUCGAUGCUGUAUCAGAGGCGACAUGAACUGCGAAGGCUGGUAAGGCCACACGUCACCACAGAGUCAGGCUCUCGCUCCUCCAAUAAUUUUGGCAGCGGUGGUGUUUCUACUUCCGCGAAGAACAGGGAUGCGAAAAAAACAGUAACAAGGAGAAAAGCAAAGUCGAAUUACUUUUAUGGGUAGGCUAAAGGUGCUUUUGUUACCGUUUGUUAUGGCUCUCCUAAGGGGGACAGCCAUAAAAAGCGGGAUAAACGAACACCAAAAACCUACCUCUAAUACUUCAAGAGGAAACUUGGUUUUGGGAAGAACAAACGGAAUGCCGUAGCGCUCUCUUCAGUGGAGCUUCUUCCAGGCUCGCCACAGAUGGCACAUCCUGAGCUGGGUGCCCCGCGUAAAGACUAUCUGAACGGGCAACGUGACGGGAUCGGUAGAGUGGCAGAAAAAUAUGCGAAAAGCACUACCGCAGAUCUGACUGAAAUAUUGCGUAAAAAGAUGGGCGAAAAAAUGGGUGGGAGCAUAGUAGCGGAAAAAAU